ACAAAAUAAAAGAAGAAAAUAGAAAACGGUAGAAGAAAGGAAAGAAAGGCAGUUGGAGCACCCCCUCCUCUGAUUCAACCGACCUCCGACUUCUUUCCGCACGCCGCCGGAAAAUCAGUCAAACUGAGACUUAUGCAAGAGUGUGAUCAAGUCUUUAGCGUUGCUCUCGAGAAUUCAAAGGUGAGAUACUCUACCUUAGUUAUACUGCUUUUUCGAGCAAAUUAUGUUAUGUGUUUCAUAUGCCCAAAGUUAUGAUAUGUAUACAAGUUAUCAAGAAAGCAUGAUUUGAUGAAAUGAUUUAUGCCAUGGAAAUAUGCUAUGAACUCUUUAUUCAAGACGACGAUUUGAUGAGAAUGAUUAUGAUUAAGAAUGAAUGAUUCUAUGAACACCUUGUCAUCUAAAGGUGAAGUAGAUGCAUCUAGACAGCGGUGUCUCGGGUCUGGGGGACAGAUUUUAAAGAUACCAUGACCAAUGAAGGGAUUAUAAGGGAGGCAUGUUAUUGUGGCACUAGCUGCCAGUGACUUGAUCAUUUCACAUCACGUGGGGUCGCUCCCCUAUUCAUGUUUAGCUAUUGGAUGUGCAUCGUAAGAUUAUGUGAUGAUGAUGAUGUGAUGAUGAUGUUAUUGUGGCACUAGCUGCCAGUAAAAUAUGAAUUUGCCCCUGAAACUCGGACAAAUAAUCGUUGUCGAACGCUACAGCAGCAGUCAUCUGGACCACUUUCCAACGCCGGCGACUUCUUCCGACUUCGUUUGUUACCAUCCGUUCAAAGACUAAUAGCCCAAGAAUGAGCAAGAGACCACCACCGGAUCCCAUUGCUGUGCUAAGAGGCCACCGUGCUUCGGUCACCGAUUCUUGUUUUCAUCCAUAUGAGAACUUAUUAUUCACAGGUGCUGCAGAUGGUGAGCUGCGCAUUUGGAAUACUCUCCAGCAUCGAACUCUAUCAUCGUCAUGGGUGCAUAGUGCGGCACAUGGGAUUAUUUGUGUUGCAACUAGUCCUUCGAUUGGAAGCAACAAAGUUAUCAGCCAGGGUAGGGAUGGUACUGUGAAAUAUUGGGAUAUUGUGGAAGGAAGUUUGUCCAGGACACCCUCACUUACACUCCAUACAAAUUCUUACCACUUUUGCAAGCUUUCUUUAGUGAAGAAGCCUUCUUCUUGUCUGAGGCAAGGUGAAGGGAUUAAACAAGGCUAUGAUUCGAAGAUUAGGGAAAUUGCUAAGGCAGAGGCUUUGGAUGACAGCUCAAGAAUGUCUCAAGGAAGUUCAGUGGAAAGCUCGAGUACACUAGAAGAUGUUCAUGUCGAAGGACCAAAAUAUGUUGCAAUGGCAGGGGAGCAGCCUUCCGAGGUUGAGAUAUGGGAUCUCAAUACUGCAGAAAAAGUUGUACGAUUACCACAAAAUGGCUCUGGUGGCUCCCUAAAUCAGUCAACAAAGGCAAGAGGAAUGUGCAUGGCUGUCCAAGCUUUUUUACCAUCCGAAUCACAGGGGUUCCUGAGUGUCUUAACAGGUUUCGAGGAUGGAAGCAUGGUUUGGUGGGAUUUGAGGAAUCCUGCAGUUCCAGUUACUUCUGUUAAGUUUCAUUCAGAUCCAGUUCUAAGUCUAUGUGUUGAUGAGCCGUGCAGUGGAGGUAUCUCUGGAGCUGCAGAUGACAAAGUUGUGCUAUUCAGUUUGGUUCAAUCGACAGGUUCUUUUGUGGUGAAGAAAGAAAUUAGUUUGGAGAGACCAGGCAUAUCGGCGGCCUCAAUUCGACCGGAUUGCAAGAUUGCUGCAACUGCUGGCUGGGAUCAUCGAGUAAGGGUGUAUAAUUAUCGCAAAGGAAAUGCCUUGGCUGUACUGAAGUAUCACCAUGCCACAUGCAACGCCGUUUCAUUCUCACCUGAUUGUAAACUAAUGGCCUCUUCAUCGGAAGACACUACUGUGGCGCUGUGGGAACUUUACCCUCCUUCAACGUCAACUUGAGCCGGUAAAGUAUUCCCCUAAUAUAGUAUGUGCAGUUUCAGGUAGUUCUGUAUCUUCUGUCACACUGCACAACAUAUAGCCUCCACUUGUUUUAGUAUUCUGGGUACUAGAAAGUAUCUUUCAUUUCCCAUUUAAGUUGCUGUAAGUGUUAAGAGGACGACUGCAUGCAGAUUGCUACUAUCAUUUUAGGCCAAGGUUGUAGUUCCUAUCAUAUGCAUAUGUAAAACAGAUUUCAUUGUGCUUUAUGAGAAUUUUUUAAGCA